AUGAAUGUUAAUAAUUCUGAAUGCAUCAACAAAUAUAAAACAUUCGCUUACAAUAAAAAACAUGUAUUUAUAAGUGGUAGUAUUAGCACGGGUAAAACAAUGUUAUGCAAUUUAUUAUUUGAAUAUCUCGACUAUUAUACUCCCGCUGCAUAUAUAAAAGAAUACAUUGAUUACAACACCGAUGGAGAAUUUAAAUUAAAACUUUUACACGAUGGUUUAAUAAGUAAUUUUGAAUUUCAGAAUUAUAUAUUAGAUUGUUAUGAAACUCAACUAAAUUCAAGUAUUUAUGAAGAUGCUGAUAUUGUAAUAUGGGAUAGACAUCCCAUCGAAUCAUUGGAAGUAUUUUGCGCAACCAAUAAUUCAAUAAGUAAUGAACAACGUCUAAAGCUCAGAUUAAGAAUAGAACAAUUAAGUAGAAGAUAUCAGAUUCCUCAAUUAACUAAUAAGAAUGUUGGUGUAAUUAACGUAGAUACGAGUAGAAUUUCUACAGAAGUAAUUGAAGAAGCAUUGGUUAAUACAUUUAUUCAUCCAUUAUUAUUAGGAUUAUCAAAUGGAAGUAUUUAUGUCUUCUUAUUCUGUAGUGAUACAAAUACACAAUUCAAACGAUUAACAAAAAGAAAUAGAACACCGGAAAUAGAAUCAUACAAAUCAAAAGAAGAUUUAUAUAUCUUAAAUAAUCAAUAUGCGUUAUUUUAUACUGAAUUGGUACAACAAAAGCUAAAUCAAAUUAAUUAA